AUGGCCAGUGAUGAGCACCGCACGAGGCAAGCGCUCGAGCACUCGAGCGAGACGUUGAACGGGCGAUCGCCGCUGUCGAUGACGAUUUCGCCGCCCUCUUCGUUGACCAGCAAAGCGCUCAAGGAGCUCAUCGUAUCGACGGACUUUGGUCUGCCGCCAUCACUUUCCACCUCUCGACAAAAGCGGGCGCGGUCGAGCAGAAAGGACGGUGACCGUUGCACUAAGGGCGCUGUUACAAAAGCUGCGCGAACAAUGGCGGCGUCGCCCGUUCGUCAAUUGUGCAACACGAUUGAAUCCAAGGGCAACGUUGCGGCAUCAACGACAAAAGGAAAGAAAUGUGUUGAAGGUGGUUGCACGCGACGGGCGCAAUCCAAUAGUCGCUGCAAAGCGCAUGGGGGUGGGGCUAGGUGUCAAUAUGCCGGACCUGGUGGCUGUGCGCGAAGCUCGCAAGGCGGCGGCUUCUGUCGCGCGCACGGCGGCGGCAAACGCUGUGAGUUCCCAGGCUGCACACGUGGCCAACAGCGCAAAGGCCGGUGCUAUGUGCACGGCGGCAUUCGCAAGUGUCAAUACGGCUCGUGCGAGAAGAAAGAUCGCGGCAAUGGAUUUUGUAUCGCUCAUGGCGGCGGCAAACGCUGCGAGCAUGCCAAUUGCUCCCGAGCUGUUCGGCGCGGUCUGUUAUGUCAGAUCCACGAGACGCAGCAGGUUGCUCUUGUGACGGAGAGGCAGCAGCGGGAGAGUGUAUUGGUAUAA